AUGGCAUGGGACGGAGGAAUCGAGCCCAAUGGCACAGAGGGCCAGAAUUUCUACAUCCCCAUGUCCAACAGGACUGGGAUUGUGAGGAGUCCUUUUGAGUACCCACAGUACUAUAUGGUGGAUCCCAUGAUAUACAAGCUUCUAGCUUUCUACAUGUUCUUCCUGAUCUGCACUGGAACUCCCAUCAACGGCCUGACAUUGUUGGUCACAGCUCAGAACAAGAAGCUCCGGCAACCUCUAAAUUACAUUCUGGUCAACCUGGCUGUAGCUGGACUGAUCAUGUGCGCCUUUGGAUUCACCAUCACCAUUACAUCUGCUGUCAACGGGUACUUCAUUCUCGGUGCAACUGCCUGCGCUGUUGAGGGAUUCAUGGCCACACUUGGAGGUGAAGUCGCUCUCUGGUCACUGGUCGUCCUGGCUAUUGAGAGAUAUAUUGUCGUCUGCAAACCCAUGGGAAGCUUCAAAUUCACUGGAACUCACGCAGGAGCCGGAGUCCUUUUCACCUGGAUCAUGGCCAUGGCUUGUGCUGCCCCUCCACUGGCUGGCUGGUCGAGGUACCUUCCUGAGGGCAUGCAGUGCUCCUGCGGACCCGACUACUACACUCUGGCUCCAGGCUUCAACAACGAAUCCUAUGUCAUAUACAUGUUUGUCGUCCACUUCUUCAUUCCCGUCUUCCUCAUUUUCUUCACUUAUGGAAGCCUUGUGCUCACAGUCAAAGCUGCUGCAGCCCAGCAGCAGGAGUCAGAGUCUACCCAGAAAGCUGAGAGGGAAGUGACACGCAUGUGCGUCUUGAUGGUCAUCGGGUUCCUGGUAGCCUGGGUGCCAUAUGCCUCUUUUGCUGGUUGGAUCUUCAUGAACAAAGGAGCUGCCUUCAGUGCUCUGACAGCAGCUAUACCCGCCUUCUUUGCAAAGAGCUCAGCCCUGUAUAAUCCCGUUAUCUACGUGCUGAUGAACAAACAGUUCCGUAACUGCAUGCUGACCACUAUUGGAAUGGGCGGCAUGGUGGAGGAUGAGACCUCAGUCUCUACCAGCAAGACAGAAGUGUCCUCUGUGUCUUAA